AUGCCUCCCAAGAAGAUCGAAGUCGUCAAGGACAAUGUUGUUGCCUUUGGCAGGGUCCGCAAGAACCUCAAGAUGGGGUGUGUUGGCCUGCCAAACGUGGGAAAGUCGAGCUUGUUCAAUCUCUUGACAGAGCAGAGCGCCGCCGCAGAAAACUACCCCUUCUGCACCAUCGAGCCCAAUGAGGCCCGAUGCGCUGUUCCCGACGAAAGAUAUAACUUUCUGUGCGACCUCUGGAAACCGCCGUCCACGUACCCGGCUUACCUGCAAGUCACAGAUAUCGCCGGUCUCAUUCGAGGUGCCUCUCAGGGAGAGGGACUUGGAAAUGCCUUCUUGUCUCACAUCCAGGCCGUUGAUGGCAUGUUUCACAUCGUCAGAGCUUUCGAUAAUCACGAAGUCCUGCAUGUCGAUGACUCUAUUGAUCCCGUCCGCGACUUGAAUACGAUUCAAAGCGAGCUUUGCAAGAAAGAUCUUGAUAUUCUUGACAAGGCAAUUGUCGCCGAGGAACUUAUUGUCAGAAAGGCAGGUGGCAAGUACAAGAUGCUGCCACUCUUUACCGAGACAACGACUAAGAUCCGGGCAAUGUUGGAGAAGGACCAGCCAGUCAGAGAUGGAAGCUGGACACCCGCUGAGAUUGCUCUCAUCAACGAGAAGCUACAGUUGAUCACUACAAAGCCGACCAUCUAUCUUGUCAACUUGACGAUGAAGGAUUACCUCAGGCAGAAGAGCAAGUAUCUCCCUCUUAUUGCUAAGUGGGUAACUGAGCACGGAGGUGUUCCCCGAGACAUUAUCCCAUUUUCCAUCGAGUUUGAAGAAAAGGUCUACAGCAUGAAAGAUGACCCAGCCGCACAGGCACAGUUCCUUGAGGAGAACAAGGUCAAGUCAAAGUUGGACAAGAUCAUCACUGAGGGAUUUAAUAAGCUUGGCUUGCAAUACUACUUCACUGCUGGCGAGAAGGAGGUCAGGUGCUGGACUAUUCCCAAAGGAUACCUUGCACCCCAAGCUGCCGGAGCUAUUCAUAGCGAUUUCGAAAGGGGUUUCAUCAAAGCGGAGGUCGUCGCCUACCAGGAUUUCCACGAUCUAUGCGAAGGCGCCAAAUCCAUGGCUCCCAUCAAGGCUGCGGGCAAAUAUCGCCAAGAGGGAAAGACCUAUGUUGUCCAAGAUGGAGAUAUCAUCCACUUCCAAUUCAACGUUUCAAACAAGAAAUAG